AUGACAUUGAAAACCUAUCUAUUCGCUUACAACAUUCUUCAAAUCUUGGGUUGGUCAGUGAUUCUUUUCAAAACCGUACGUGGCCUUCUUAAUAAUUACACUUGGCCUGAAUUGUAUGCUGAUGUCGAAAAAGAGCUUCAAAUAUUUCAAACUGGUGCCAUUCUCGAGGUCAUUCAUGCAGUUUUAGGAAUUGUUCGUUCUCCAAUUGGAACUACUGCCAUGCAAGUAACCUCUCGAGUAGUCCUAGUUUGGCCAAUUCUCUAUACUUGUAGCACGGCUCGGUAUAGCAUUGGAGUUCCUCUUCUUUUAUUAGCCUGGUCGAUUACUGAAGUUAUUCGUUAUUCGUUCUACGCUAUCACCGUUGCACAGCGUCCAGUUCCAUACUUCUUGCUAUAUCUCAGAUACACCUUGUUCUACGUUCUUUAUCCGAUGGGAGUGACAGGAGAGCUUCUCACCUUGUUCGCAUCUCUCAAAGAAGUCGACGAAAAGAAAUACUAUACUCUUGAGAUGCCAAAUGUGCUCAAUUUUGGAAUCUCAUUCUAUUGGGUGCUGAUUAUCGCGUCUCUUACAUACAUCCCAGGAUUCCCACAACUUUAUUUCUAUAUGAUCGGCCAGCGUAAGAAGGUGCUCGGCGGACAGCAAAAGAAGAAGGAAUAA